AGGUAAUUAAAGCAGUAUGGUUGGAAAUAAUACUAAACUUUAGCAAGGUAAUAUGCACUUAAAAGACCGAUAUGUACUAAGAGCAUGCGCAUUGAGAUGGAAACACGGGCAUUCUCCCUCAUGCGUCAUAAUCUCAACAUCAAUGCUCUCUGGUACUAGGGCCACUCAUCAGCCACUCACUCAGUCGCUCGGUCACUCAUGGCGUCGUCGCUCGACUACACCGUCCACCGGUACGGCGCGCACGAGCUCCAACGGGUAGGCGUUUGGGAUCUUGACAUCGCCGAUAAGACGGAGACGAAAUAUUGGAUCAUAUACAUCCACGGCGGCGCAUGGCGGGACCCGCGCAUCGCGCACGAGACCUUUGCGCCGGUGAUCACGCGGUUUCUCGAGGGCAACAGCGACGAAUCUCCCCGCAGCGGUAGCGGUCGCGGCAGCAAUCUCCCCGUCGCGGCCUUCGCAUCCCUCGAUUACCGCCUGAGCCCGCACCCGGAGUUCCCGCAGGACCCGGCGACCACGCCGCCGGAGCGCUUCCGCGGCGCGCGGCACCCGGAGCACCUGGCCGACGUGCGGGCCGCGCUGGCGUUCCUGCAGCGCCGGUACGCGUUCGGCCGGAGGUACGUGCUUGUCGGGCACUCGGCUGGCGCGUGUCUUGCGUAUCAGCUGGUCGCUGGUAUGUCCAGUUCCACCACUACGAUUACCACCAGCACCAGCACGACCGGGGUUAAAGAAGACGACCUGGUGGCGGUGGAACUACCCGCCGCCGUGUUCGGCGUCGAAGGGAUCUACGACAUGCAGGGCCUAGACGCGCGCUUCGGCGGGGGGUACGCGGGGUUUCUAGAGGGGGCGUUCGGGCCGCGGGGGGCGUGGGACGGGGCGGCGCCGAUGAGGUACGCGGGGAGCUACAAGGAGCGGUUCGCGGGUGGGCUGGCGGUGCUGGGGCACUCGGUGGACGACGAGCUGGUGGACAUGCCGGAGACGGUCGGCAUGGCUGAGCGGCUGGAGAAGGACGGCGUGGAGGUUCUGCUCGUGAAGGAUCUGAGGGGGCUGCAUGAUGACGCCUGGCGGGAUGGGAGGGGCGUUGCGAGGACGGUGUUGAGGACGCUGGAGAUACUCAGGGAGAGGGAUGGGGCGUGAAGAGGUGGUGGUUUGGGGGCUAACCGUAGCUUGAAUAAGCAGGAUGGGAGACAACAAGCUGUUCUGAGGUAUUUAAUUAACCUAGUACCUGGUAUGAGCUACAGUUGAGUAAGAGUAACGCCCUGCCAGUGAGGUAAAUGAAUAGGCUACAUGCGGUUUAACCUCUACUCCCCUAUGUUAUACCCACCAUCCCUCAGACCACUAUCUCAGUGCCUUUAUAGUUUUCUUUCGAGCCCGUUUCAUAGUCGCAGAUCUAGUAUGAUAUGUUAUUGCGGAGGUGAACUUGAGAAACGUUGGUAACAGCCAGUUCCGCUUGUCAGCAUUCGGAGCUCUAUAAGCCAACUAGUUCUCUACGACAUUCAUAAAGACUACAUUUAUUGCUUGCCUGUUCACUCA